AUGGAGAAUGCUGCAGUGGCCUCGGAGACAUCCGUCCGCCGAUCGGUCGGUUGUUCCCCCUUUCUCUUCUUCUGGUUUUCUCUUUCUCCUCUGAUUUCGGCCGCAGGAGUCGUAUCUGCCCUUGAAUUCCUUCCUAACUGAUCUGAUUGUGGGGUGCUCGGUGUCCAGAAGAGAGGUAGGGUUUUGGAAGCGGCGACCGCCGAGGGCGUGCCGAGCAAAUCGAGUGGUUCGGUUGUGGAGAGGUCCGCAAGAAACGCCCGGGAGCAGCAGGACCAAGGUUCUGGCGACGACUCUUUUGACGAUGACGACACCGUCCCCGAUGAGGAGCCCACGCUGAGACCGAAGCGGAGGCGGGGUGCUGGAUACGGCGCCGCGGGAGUGGGGAGAGAGGACUUGAAUUUGAUGGGUAUUGCUCGUGCUUCCCGCUUCUUCUCUCGGCAGAACACGUUUCGCGAUUUUUAACUUUUUGGCAUUUGUGCUUCUGCCCUUCUGCGCUGAAAACUUGUACAGAAGUUGUUAAAAGUGACGGGAAGCUGAUCCAUGUCGCGGUCAAACAAUGGGUUGAAAGGUAUGAGAAAAAUGCAAUAUCUGCCAUGGGCGAGCUCUUGAUGAUGCUUUUCGAGGUGAUCUUCUUCCGUGACGUUCCUUUUUCCUUUGUUUUUGUCUUCGAAUUUUUUUGCUGACCUGCCUACGGGUGCAAACAGGCUUGUGGAGCCAAGUAUGAACUCGAUGCUGACUCCCUUGAUGAGACCGAUGUUGAUGAUGUUGUGCUGGCACUUGUGGAACUCGCCAGGAACGUAUCCUUCAGUAGCUAAAGCCAUUUCUCUGAAUCUUUUGUGUGCAUUUGCUCAGAGCGUGUGGGACCCUACCAUGUUUUUUGCGUUUCAUCCAUAGACUGAGACUUAACUCAAAAUGGUACCCAGGGUGAAGUGGAAGAUCUCUACAAUUCAAAGCUAAAGGAACUCAGGAAUUUCAAGGAAAACCUUUCAAGUUUCUGGGAUAACUUAGUUCUUGAGUGCCAGAAUGGGCCACUAUAUGACAAGAUUUUGUUUGAGAAAUGCAUAGACUAUAUCAUUGCAUUGUCAUGGUCUGUCCACUCUUCCCUCUUGUCUGUAAUACAUUUGUUAAUAUGAUAGCUAAAUUCAGUUUUUUACCACUAUACUUCAACAUCUCUAACAUCAGUUUUCACCUUCGCUACGUUUUUAGCACUCCUCCACGAGUUUACCGUCAAGUGGCAUCAUUGGUGGGUCUGCAACUUGUAACAUCAUUUAUAGCUAUUGCUAAAACAUUGGGCACACAACGGGAAACUACACAACGGCAGCUGAAUGCUGAGAAGAAAAAGCGAAAUGAUGGUCCUCGUGUUGAGUUACUUAACAAAAGGCUGUCUGCAGCUCAUGAGAAUAUAAAUGUUUUGGAGGAAAUGAUGCGAAAAAUAUUUACAGGGUGAGUAUCUCUGAGAUUAUUGUUUCUUUCGAUGGAUUAUUUUUUCUUCUCAAGUUUUCACUUUUUAUGUUUUUUCUCAAAUUUACCUGAAAAUUUUGCAUGAUCAUGUGUAGGCUAUUCAUGCAUCGUUAUCGAGAUGUUGACCCCAGUGUCCGGAUGUCAUGCAUCAAAGCUCUUGGUGUCUGGAUAGUAUCAUAUCCAUCACUUUUUUUGCAGGACUUAUACUUAAAAUAUCUUGGUUGGACACUAAACGAUAAAGUAAGUUCUGUUUGUCCAAGUUAAAUUCUUGAUAUAUAGAUAUAUAUUUUUUCCUGUUGCUAACCUGGAUGUCUAUGCACUACUGAAGAGUGCAGUUGUCAGAAAAACAUCUGUCCUUGCUUUGCAAAAUCUUUAUGAAAUCGACGAUAAUGUGCCAUCACUAAGCCUCUUCACUGAAAGGUUUUGUAACCGAAUGAUCGAGCUUGCUGAUGACAUUGAUGUUUCUGUGGCUGUGUCUGCAAUAGGUCUUUUGAAACAGUUGUUGAGGUAUUUAAACUCUCAAUUUUUUUUGUCUCUGCCAUGUAUUUCUUUUAAUGGUGUAACUGAAUACUCUCUGAUUUUCCCAGGCACCAGCUCUUGACAGACGAUGAAUUGGGUCCGCUGUAUGAUUUACUUAUAGAUGAGCCACCCUUGAUAAGGCGUGCCAUUGGAGAGCUAGUGUAUGAUCAUUUGAUUGCUCAGAAAGUCAGUGGUGCACAAUCUGCGUCCAGAGGUAAUUGCUGGAAUUUAUUUGCAGAAGCCGUUGGCGCUUUUAUUUCACGUCACAUGCUUAUUGUUGUCGUGGUUUUUUUUGGCAGGGGAAGAUGAUGAAUCAUCUGAGGUGCAUUUGGGAAGAAUGUUGCAAAUACUUCGAGAAUUUCCCACUGAUCCCAUCUUGAGUGCCUAUGUAAUUGAUGAUGUUUGGGAUGAUAUGAAGGCUAUGAAAGUAUGGUGCAUCAUAUUUCACUUCUUAGUUGUCUUGACUAACAUAAUGAAAAUGAUGAGAUGAGUGUAUUUUUUUAAGAAAUUAUCUUUGUUCGAUAUCAAUUAUUUUUUUUCUUGGUUUUUUCAUCACUUACUGAGUUUAGUUUCAAAAACUUAUGUUUCUUCAAAUCGAUCCUCAUAUUUCUUGUAGGAUUGGAAAUGCAUCGUUUCUAUUCUCCUUGAUGAGAACCCUAUGAUUGAUCUUAAUGAUGUUGAUGCGACAAACCUUGUUAGACUUCUUUAUGCAUCUGCCAAGAAGGCCGUUGGGGAGAAGAUUGUUCCUACCACUGAUAAUCGAAAGCCAUACAGCAAUAAAGCUCAAAAGGUAUGCACUCUUUUUUAAUGUAAGUACUGAAAAAUGUUAUGUCUCUUUUAUAUUUGGGGAGAAAACAAUAUAUUUGGGAAGAAAAUGUACAUUUUUAUGUCUCUUUUAAUAUAUUGUUUUGUUGGAGACCAUUGUGUUUUCAUUGUUGUUGAAAACGGUAAUUAGUUAUCCCUGUUUUAUUAUGCUUUUUUGUUUUUCAUGCAUUAAAAGGAAUUUUUUGAGAUAUGUAGAGUGAGGGCACUAUCUGCUCCAGGACAACUUAGAGUGUUCUUCUCCUGUUGGAAAAUUUAUGUCUCAUUCUAGGUUUUAUGACACCUGAUUUCCGCCUUUAGACUUUUCUUGUUCUAGUUCCUUAUGGAGUGAUCUCUUUCUAUAAUAUUAUAAGUUUGAAGGGCAGAACUAGAAUAACCUAUGAGUUUUCUAGUUUAUUCCUUGUAAUGCCAUGUCAGAUUAUGCCAGUUGCCGCAGUUAUUUUCUUGUUAGCAUAUGGUGGAGUUCCUCUUGUUUAUGACUUUUCCACUUCAAAGCUAGUAAUUCAGGAAGUUUAUCUGAUUACAAUAGUGAAGCAGCAUGCUGUUGGUUAUUACAGCAUUAGCAGGAAGUCUGUUUUCGUUUUUCCAAGCAGAACAUGGGGAAAUCAUCCUACUGCUUUAUGAUACAUAUGGUGGUACGACUGUAGACUUUUGCUCAAAUUCUUACUUGCUUGUUAUCACAUUUCUCAGGAAGCGCUAGAAAAUAAUAGGCGUGAAAUAACUUCAGCCAUAAUGAAGAGCUACCCGCAUCUUCUACAAAAAUAUAUUGCAGAUAAAGCUAAGGUUUCACCCUUGGUUGAGAUUGUUGUCCUUCUGAAAUUGGAGCUGUAUACUCUAAAGAGACAGGAACAGGUACCUUGUCGCCAUUUGCAUUGUUGGCCUGCCUGUUUCUCACAUUUCUGGCUGAUUUGUUGUUUUUUUACCUUCUCCAGAAUUUUAGAACCAUUCUCGAGCUUAUUUUUGAUGCAUUCUUUAAACAUGGCGAGAAGGAUGCACUGAGGUCAUGCAUUAAAGCUAUCACCUUCUGUUCCAGUGAAAGUCAAGCUGACCUCCAAGAUUUUGCUCAAAAUAAGUUAAAGGAACUUGAGAAUGAGCUGGUAACAAAGCUUAAAAUUGCCAUGAAAGAAGUAGCGGUACGGGGAACAUAUCCUUUACUCUGUUUUAGACUCAUCAAUGAGUAUUCGAUAAUGUAAAAUAUGCAUUUGCAGAUGGGAGCAGAUGAAUAUUCCCUUUUAGUUAACUUGAAGCGCCUGUAUGAAGUUCAACUGACCAAGUAUGUUGCAAGUGAUGGCUUAUUUGAAGAUUUGACAAAUACCCUUUCAGGUUUGAGUGACACCGGUGAUGAGGUAUGAACUAAAUAUUUGCAAGCAUAUGUGAAGGAUUAAUUUCUGAGUUUCUCUCUGAUGAUCAUGUGUCCUGUUAUCCAGGUUAUGGCCUUUCUUCUUCUCAACAUGUACUUGCAAGUAGCUUGGUGUUUGGACUCCAUCGAUGGUGAAAAUCCCAAUGAUGCAUCAGUUCUUGCGGUUCUAUCGAAAAGGAAUACCUUAUUUCAACACCUGGAGAGGUUUUUGAAUUCCCUUUCUGAUGUUAAAGGGAAGGGUAGGAAUUUACUUGCUUCCAGGGUAAGGUUCCGAUGAGAUAGGCCAUGUAGAUAGUAUUUGCACUUUUUCCUAAGAUAACAUUUCCAUGGGAUAAUUUGAACCCUCUAUUUGCGUAGAUCAGCAGUUUCUAAGCUGAUUUGCUUUACUAGGAUCGGAUUUGGCUUCCCCAAUCUGUUUUGACAGGAACCUGACCCCCUGAAAGUUAAAACAAGUAGAAAGAUAACUCGCUGGAGAGUGGCUGAUCUCAGUUCUGCUAGAUAAAACAAUGGAUUGGCUGAUUCUUAGCUAUGCUUGACCUUUUGUGGCAUUUUCGUUCGAUGCUCAGGCUUUGCUGUUUGUCAGCAGGUCUGUCACCGUUGAUGGAGAAGAAAAUGAGGAAGAAGAGUAUUCCAAGAAAAGAAAAGGAAAAAAACGCGUUGAAUUGAGGGGAAAAUAAAUCAAAAAUAAAUUAAAAUCAAAUUCCAUCAUUCACCACUUCUUCUUAUCGUCUGCUUUCUGCUUGUUGUCAAAUGUUGAUAGCCGUGAACCAAAUCAUCCCCUCCCCUGCCAUCCUUCCUUGCAGAGAACGUAGUGAGAAUCAGAGGAAAGGGGGGGGGUUUGACGACCGUAAGGUUGCUAUAAUAUUUUUAGUGUGAGUCUCAUUUUAAUGAAUCUUGAAAUUUCUAUUAUUUUCUCAUGAAAUUUCAUAACUAUUCCAUCAAAAUUAUUAUAAUAUUUGUUUUUUUGUGUGAAGUGUCAUCUCCUCCUGUACCAGCUGUUUUGUCUGAUUCAAUACAAUCUGCAUUGGGACCAGACCUGGCUGAUCAGAUUCUGAUUCUCAGAUUCUUGUACCUUUUGCUCCAAAUAAAUUGAAGACAAACUUAGGGUAUCGAUAUAUUUCCUUUAUUUUAAUGAUGAUGAUAUAUAUAUAUAUAUAUAUAUAUAUAUAUAUAUAUUAGUGAUGUUGAUGGAUGAGGAUGAAAAAUCAGAGGAAUGUAUGGACAGAGGAAGAGGGAGGUUGGUGAGAGAGCUGAUUAUAAGUUGCAUGAUUGAUAUUAUCUGUCUGAACAAAACCAACAGUGUGGAGCGAGUGACUUUUCACGUGUGGUGUUAGAGGAGGUUGGCUCUGUGGUGUUAGAAUGUGGCUUUGGGUGGGAUGUCCAUGGGAAUCAUGGUCAUAUGGGUCACUUUUCACGUGUUGGAGUUAACCCAAUUUAGAGAGGUAAGGAGACAAGCUCUCUCUCUUACCUUUAUGAAAAAAACAUUUUUGGGAAUGCCUAUUGGUAACCAAUCAGCUCUCAGGUCGGCUAUGGCAUGUUGGUGGUGAUGUCUAUACGAUCUCCAGCAGGUAGGAGAAGACAGGGAAGGUUGGGCGUGAUGGAAGAAGAAACUUUUGCUGAUUUCAUGGCUCUACGAGCGCCAAUUGAUGUUUGUACUCCGAAUGAUGCUUGUCCUCGUCUCAUCUUAGAAUAAACCCCUGUUGCUAAAGGAUGGAUGAAUUUCUGGUUUUGGCUUAAUGGGGGGGUUAUUUGUUGCAAUCUAUUUGUUUGAGUCGGAACAUCUUUAGAUUACCACCCUACUUUACCAUGGACUGAUAACGAGCACGAAAAGGCAUACAACUUUUGAAUUGAGAAGCACCAGCUUUGGGAAGAAGGCUAUUGCCACCUACGUGCCACGGCUUGGACUAGCACUUCAGAAGGUUCUUUGGCUAUGGCCAGCCUUAUCAUGAAGAUGAAAAAGGUCAGGAAUUGAUGAAGGGGGAAUUAGCAAGGAUUGCCCUGGAAGAACUGACAACAAACAGCUUGUACAGGACAUCCAGAACCCUGGGUAACGUUAUUCAUAGAAGUCUGUUCUUUAACGAGUUUUGGUGAUUAUUAUACUUGAAUCUUCGUAUAGUGGUGAUAUCCUAGUCAUGUUGAUGACCUUGGCUUGGAGCCGGCAUUAGAUGGCUUGGUUUCCUUGCAACUAUCUGGGCUAUUUGGAUAGAGCGAAAUUGACACGGUUUUAGAAGGAAAAGCGGUAUAUCUUCCAGGUUUUAAGUGAGCUUGUGAGAAGAUGGAGUGGAUAAGAUUGAGUAGCUUUAGAAGAGAGUACUCUGCUCUUUUGGUGUUGUGGUCUCUUAAUUUCGUUUCUACUUCAUGUUAACCAGGGGCAAUGAUGAAGUGUAUUGUACCUUUUAGGGAGCUCAUGGGUUUACACAUGCAUAUAUCCGUUCGUUAAGUGAUCGAUAGUCACCUUUUUAGAAAAUCUUUUCUUAUUUUUUAUUUGCUUCAGCCAUAUUUAUGUUGUUUUAUAAAUGUCUUAUUCUUUCCAAGGUUUGCGUCAUACUGGCAGAAAUGUGGUGCUUGUUCAAAAGGUCCAAGUAUGUAUCCACAAAGCUGGAGAAUUUAGGGCAUUCUCCAAAUUAUGCUACACUUCAAAAGUUCUGGAAACUCUGUGAGAGACAACUUAAUGUUUCAGGUUGGCUUUGUCAAAUGUAUUUCCUGCUCUGGUUUUACAAAUGUCUUUUUUCUCCUUUCUGUGCUUGGUAUGCUCGUAGCAUUAUAUCCUUCCACAAUUUGAACAACUCCUGUUCAUGUGUUAUGAAACCAAACUUGAUCAUCCGUAUAGAUGAGACAGAAGAUGAAGAUGCAAAUGAAGAAUAUAUCGAGGAGACAAAUAGAGAUACCAUUGUGAUUGCUGCCGCAAAACUUGUAGCCGGUGGUACUGUUUCGAAGGUGAAGGACAUAAUUUUAUGUAUUAUAUGAUAUUACAUCCUAAUUUUUUCUUGGCUUUGUAAUAGUCUUUCGAAGUGGAGCAAUAUUUUGAGGUACAUGAUUACUUAUAAAAUUUAAAAGUUGUUUUCGUGUAGCACUGAAGGAGUGUUUGAUUCAAAUGUGAAUUACUUACGCAGGAAAAAAUCAAUAUCCUUCAAAAUUUACGGUUGACACCCAUAGUUAUGCAGUUGGGCUAAUAAGUGCUGUAGAAUGCCUGUAAUUAUUCUUUUAUUGCACUUGUUGAUGUUAUCUUACUUUUAUUACUGGAUGUAUAACAUUUGGGCAUCUUUUCUUGGAUAUGUCAAUCACGAAUGAAUCAAUAUCUAUUGUUAUAUAGCUCACUCUCUUCGUAUGUGACAUAACUUGUUGAGUACUAUGGGACAUAUGUUUUCUGCUUUCUAAUUUAUUCAUUUUUAACCUAUUAAAAUCGGGUUGACAUUGCUAUUCUUCAUGUAGUAGGUUGGUGUAAGGGGAAUCGAAUUAAGGUUCUUAAAAACUUUAAGGUUGCCCCGUCUGAUGACUGAAGUCUUAUCCUAACUGAGGUUUGAUUGGAUCAGCUUGUGUUGGGUUGAGUUAGGCUGCUCCCCUCUGCAUUGGUUCUUAGUUUGGUACUGCCAAUGGAGGUUGGUACCUCUCAAUGAAAGCAUGUUAAAAUCCGUGAAUUUCGGGAUGGAUGCAAUUAAAUAUCCGAAAGAUGUGAAUGGUUGGCUAACCGACCUUGCAUUGGAAUAAUCUCAAUUAUGCAGCAGAGCUGGCAACUUAUUCUGGUCGAAGUGAGGAAACAUUUGUCUGGAUAAGGCCAUUCCCGACUACAGUCUAUAUUUCCAUUUUUUUAAAAAGCAAAUAACUCAUCCAUCUCAAUCCAAACAUGUGAAAGUUUGUGUUCUGGAAUGCAUGCGAUAAAAUGCCAGUUGUCAAAGGAUUGUCUUAGAAAACUUUCAUUGGAAUGCUCUCAACCUUGUAGAAAUGAUUCAGUCACUUGAUGCAGGUUAUUUUUCUUGGAUCCUUGAAUUAAUAGCUUCCUGAUCCUUGCAUACCACGAGCCUAUCUGAAAGGUUGAUCAAAAGAAUCAGAUGAUAAAUUAAAGUAUCUCUGCACGCACUGAAAGACACUUUCCUCCUGAAACAGAUCUAGGUGAAAGAUCGUUCAUGUUGCUUUUGAAAGACAUUGGCUGAUCCUUUUGAAAGAUCAUCGUUGCUGCAUAACAGUACGCGAAAUAACUAUUUGAGUACCACAGGUUGCAUUCUUCUUGAAGUAUGAGAAAUAAUAUUGGAGAAAACAUAUUAUCGAUUGCUUUUCAAUAGGUAUGAGAAACUUUUUGAAAAAAUAGUUAUUUUAAUGGUUAACUAUUUUCAAAAUUAUUUUUUCCUGUUAACCCAUUAAAGUGAGACAAAUUUCCUUGAAGCUGAAGACAGGCUAGGUAAAGUUGGAUGCUAAAGAACUGGUUGGUGAAACAUGUGAGGUAGGAAACUUCUAGGUAGAAAUAAGGAAAGGAAUUGACUAACUCAUUCAGACUGGGGAGAAUACUUCAUUCGACUGGGUGCUCCUGAAAUUAUGGAGUUUCAUUUAAGAGUGUAUCACAUGGUGUUCUCAAUCUGGAUUGUUCUCUGCUUAUGGUGCUUCCCUGGUUUAUUUACAGAAGAGCUCGUUUUAUGUUGACAACUUUCUUAAUUAUGAGAAGAAAUUAGAUUCCUGAAUUUGCAUUUCAUUUAUAUGGACAUAAUCAGUUCGUGCCCAUAAUUUUAGUUGGUAAAAAUGCAUUUCGCUUGCAGCAUCUGAUAAAACUAUUGUAUGCAGGAUUACCUUGGUCCAGAGAUCAUUUCUCAUUUUGUGAUGCAUGGGCCAAGUGUUACAGAAAUAAUCAAGCAUCUGAUUACAGUUCUAAAGAAAAACGUGAAUGAUGAUCUUUAUCCAAUGUUCUUGGAGGCAUUAAAAAGGGUUCGGAUCUAUUCUUCUUGAUUUCAAUUAACGUCGUGUAACAUUAAAACUAUAAUUUUAUCUUCUAUGUUUGUUUAUAAUGCAUGACUCUAAUAAGGCCUUCAGCUUUAUCCAGCCCGUUGCAUAUAUCAUGUAAUGCUGUUAUGUGAUGUUAAGAGUACUUUUUUAUGGGUUUCAUUCUGGAAUGUGCGUUUCAACUUGGAUGGAAAUGUGUUAGUUUCAGAGCAGUGUUGAUUUUUUUCAAAAUAACAACCGCGUAUACAUGCUAAACAUUGUAUGCUAUUUAGGGACGUCGAUAUCAUUUACAUUGUAUGUUACAAGUAAAACCAGAACCAAGUUCAUACAGCUUAAAGCUUGAUCUCUCAGUUCAGAAUAUUAGUGUGUGGAAAUGAAAUAGGGAACCACUACACAAUGGGUAUACUUUGACUACUAGUAGUAUUUGUGCACCUGAAGUACCUCAGUGUGCCAAUGAAUAGCUGAGAGCUUUUGGCAAAGUCUCGAGCAUGGAAACAUUAUGAAAGGCAAAACUUGUCCAUUGCUCAUUCUUUCUUGGCUGAUAAGAACAGAUUUUGGAAUUUAAAGUAAACAUUACAGGCCAUUGCUGAAUCUAAGACAGAUCGGGUUAAAGUGAUGGACAAGUUCAGCUGAUCAAUGUAGUGGGAUGUCCAAGGGUAUAAUAAUGCAGUGAUACAAGGACAAUUGACCUUGUCAUAUUAGGAAGCUUGACCCCAUUUACUUAAACGGAAACAAACUAUGAGACUGUCUGUCAGCGAAAUAAGAAAGUUCCGAGCUGCUGGCCGAAGGAUGGGCCUUUGUUUCAGCAGGAAUUCAGUGGGACGGUAAUUUUGCUAAUUAUGCGUAACUGGGUCAUACAGAGAAUGUGAAUAAUUGUGCUAAUUUUAGGACCAGUGUUUAUUAUUAUGUGAAGAUGUCUUGAACUGGGCUUUUUACCUCCAUCUUUUACUUGGCUUCCUGAAACAUUACUGAACAUAAAUGUCAUCCUAAUGACAUUGAGGUCUGUGAUAAACUUGUCUUUCACGAAGAGAGUUCUUUUUGCCUUACAAGGUGUCUCAUUGCUGACCUAGAUCCUUUGACUUAGUGGGCCAGGAAUUAUUGCCAUACGUUGUGAAUGCUUCACUUACAGAACAGCCAUGGAAAUGUGUAACGUGAGCAUGCUUCCCUCAAUAUAACAAGACGAUUUAUGUGCAGUGCUAUAUUACUGGCUAUGCUUUCAUCUUGCUUAAUCUGUGGAUCUAAACUAUAUGUUAUUCCCUCUGUUUUCCAUCGUUCAUUGAAAUUAGUGGUGCCGACUCUCACGUGAAAAUAAAUCUUAGGCGGAAGUUUUAUAAUUAGAUUAGGUUAGCUGGUGAUAUUCUGUGUUCGUGCUAAAUUAGACAGGAUUGUUGAACCGUAGCUCUGUUUCCCCAGUGAAUUUGCAAUCUUGGUAUUGUGGCUUAAAAUUCCGACCUGGAUAUUAUAAGGUCUUGAAGAAAACAAGCUGUAAGAAGGUUUUCUUACGCCUUCAGGUGUUAUAACAUAUGACGGGUGCACAGAGAUUGUCUUCAUGUUUUCAUGUUUCUAAUAGUUUCAUUUAUGCAGUAGUUUCUUCUUACUAGUGUUUCAUUUACAUUAGCGAUGUUCCCCUGUUUAUUCAUUGGUUUGCUUCCGGAGUUUUUUAUUAAUACUUCUGAAAAUAGUUUCCCUUCAUGUUUAUGUCCCUCAUUCUUUUCUACUGUUUGUUCUGGUGAUCAGGCUUACCAACGACAUUUGGUGAAUUUUCCAUCAAAUGAUGACGAAUCUUCUACUAGUAAGUCACUUGCAGAUUGCAGGGAAUUGGCUGUACGAUUGUCAGGAACGUUCAUUGGUGCAGCCCGAAAUAAACACAGGGUGCAGGUUCUCAAAAUUGUAAAUGAUGGUAUCUCUUUUGCCUAUAUUGAUGCUCCGAAGCAGUUAUCCUUUUUGGAGGCUGCUAUACUUCCAUUUGUAUCUAAGCUUGUCACCACUGACAUCGUAGACAUGUAAGAUCAAGUUCUUAAAUAUUUUAACUUUUGGUCGCUCUUGAUGCAUCACUGAUGACUGAUGAGCUCCCUAUUUCUCUCUAUUUCUUUGAAAAUAGUUUGAAGGAUGUGGAGAAGAGAAUAGAGAAUGUGAACACUGAUAUAGAUCCUAGCGGUUGGCGUCCAUACUAUAUAUUUGUCGAUCACCUGAGGGAGAAGUGUGCAAAGAAUGAGGGUCUUCAAGGUGAUUCAAAACUCCACUUCUUUUUGUAAAUAAUUCAUUUCGUCUUUUGAUGGAUUUACGCAUUUGACUUCUGGCCCAUGUAUUAUUUCAUUCUGCAUUUGAUACCUGGUCUCCAAUACAUGAGAAUGAUUUGGUCUUAUUUUUGUGAAAAAUCUAUUUUCUGUGGUUAAUAUGCGAUAAUUGUCUAUUUAUUAUUUGUGGCAGUAUAUCACUUCCAGGCUAUCGAUUUUUCUUUUUUUUUUACCUGUCGUUAUAUUAUGCAGGAGGCACUAGGGUUAUCUGUUCCUGAGUAAUUGCUACGCCCCUCCCUUUUCUUCCAGCUCAUAUCCCAUUAAAAUUUUAGCCAUUUUUCCAUAUCCUGUAACAUCUUUCUUUCGAACUGUCCAAAAUGGCCAAUCAUAAAAUAAUGUUAGACUGGGACCUAAUACCUCUUAUACGUAGUCUAAUCGUAAUGCACCACAAUACCCUGCUUAUCUUCCUAACUAAGCAUUACUUGGUUAAUCAGAUGAUACAUCUCAUCAUAUUGAAUGGUUUCUUAAAACCGUUAGUCAGUGAUGGUCAAUUUCCUACUCUCCGAGGCAUAGAAUGCUUAAGCAUGUUAAAUCCUCUAUCGAAUUUCUUCCUGAACUGUUUUCAUUCUCAAUGUGAUCUUGAUAAAUAUAGUAUUUUAGUAGAGCUAUGAUGUUCUCAGUAAUCCAUUAAACUGGCUAAAUCGACAUUAGGGGAUUGCCUGUCCUUUCUCCUAGGUAAUGUUGAGAAAAAAGAAACAGAGUUUCAAUUAGACUAGUCUAUGAUGAAGUAUUUCUUGGCAUUGACAGAAGUACUAUUUGCAUAA